CCUAAUACAACUGUGUACGUUACUUUGCUACCUAGGUUACACGCAAUGGACAAGCCGCAAAUGAUAGCACAUAUAACUAAGUCUGUCGACUUCACGCUUUUCGAUUGUAAAUGGAUUCCAGUUAGUGCCAAGUUUGUAGUUGUUGGUUCAAAGCCUAGAGGAACUGGCGCUAUUCAAAUAUACGAUGUCUCUGCGAAAGAUAUUCAACUGGUAUCCGAAAGUGAAAAAAGUAGCUCUUUCAAAUGUUGUACAUUUGGUGCAUCCAUGCUCCCCCAAAGACAUUUAGCCACUGGAGCGUUUAACGGAAGACUAGCAAUAUGGGAUAUCAGUAGUGAUGGACGCCUUGAUAAUCCAAUUUACGGCGUUCAAGCGCAUAAAGAGAUAAUAAAUGCGAUAGACGGUGUUGGAGGACUUGGAGUUGGUGAAGGGGCUCCAGAAAUUGCCACAGGUAGUAGAGAUGGUGUAGUCAAGGUGUGGGAUCCAAGACAAGCUAAACUCCCAGUAGCAACUAUGGAACCUGUUUCAUCUGAUUGUAGAGAAAACUCAGUUACUGAAAAUAGACGGGAUUGCUGGACUGUUGCAUUUGGCCACGCAUAUAAUAAGCACGAUAGAUGCCUUACUGCAGGUUAUGAUAAUGGUGACAUAAAGUUAUUUGAUUUACGAGCCAUGAAGGUCCGUUGGGAGACGAACAUAAAGAACGGUGUCUGUUGUCUACAGUUUGAUAGGAAAGAUAUAUCUAUGAAUAAACUGGUCGCGACUACAUUAGAAGGAAAAAUACAUGUAUGGGAUAUGCGAACACAACAUCCGAAGAAAGGGUUUGCAUCAUUAGUCGAAAAAAAUCAAGGUGCUACUAUUUGGCAGGUAAGCCAUCUACCGCAGCAACGUGAUAUAUUUAUGACUGCUGGUGGGAAUGGAUCCUUAUGUUUAUGGCAGUACCAUUAUCCCAGCAAACGUCAGAAGAUAGUGAAGGAAGCAGAUCCAGCGGGGAAUGGCGACAUCGAAGUUUCACAAGGUGUAAUCGGUCACUUAACUCAGCUUCAGAAUGUCACCUUGUCCACUCAACCAAUAUGCAGCAUAGAUUGGUGCCCAGACAAACUAGGAUUGGCAGUUUGUGUUGCAUUCGACCAAGCAAUCAGGAUCCUAAUUGUUACAAAACUAAAUAAACUCUAGAUAAACUGUUCUAAAGUUAUAACGUAAGCUGUAAAAUAGCAUGUAUAUAUUGAGGUUAAAUUAUCGUAAUUUGAAAAAUACUCCACUUUUUUGUACUCUACCCUUACAAUUAAAUUAAUUAUUACAGGGAUAAACUGAAGAUGCCAAAUGUUCCGUGAACUCAUCCACCGCGCUGAAGUUCAUGAAACAGGUUGCAAUUAAAUAGUAUUUCCUAAAACUUAGUCACAUUAUUGAACUAGUCAAGUAAAAUCACUUAAUAAGUUUUCAUCUAUUAUCUGCUAGUAGAAGCAUAAAUCACAACACUUAUCGCGCAAUAUAACUGGAAUGCUUGACCAUUAAAAAGAGACUAUAUUAGAUCCAUGUUGUCCAGGAAUUACUAACUUCUGAUGCAAAUAAUCUAAUUCAUUCCUAACUCUCCAGCCAUAUGAAUGAAAAACUAAUUCCUA